AUGGCUUUGUGCUCUCAAGCAUUUACAACAUCGGCGAAGAGGUCAUGUGACUUCAAUUCCCAGCAACAUGGAGCAAAGCCAAAGAGAGCCUGCUUGUCAGGACUCGACUUGAACUCUUCUGCAUCCAAACGUUUCCCCAAGGUUUGCUUUGAGAAGCUUACUGGUGAAGUUUGCUACUCAUCAUCCUCGGACUCUGACAAUGACUCUGAUGACCAGCAAUCUUGUUAUAGAGCUGACCAAAUCAAAGCAAAGAGAAGAGCUUCUUCCAGAGUCUCUUUUUCUUUGAACAGUGAAUUAUCUAAAGCCGUUUCGCAAUAUAGUGACGACGAAGAUGCUUUUGAAGCUCGUGACCGUACUGCUGCGUGCCGCAAUGCUGACGAUAAUCUUGACUGCAAGCUUUUGAGCUCACCAUGUGCGACAUUGAGUGGAAUCAGUAAUGGUUUUCAAAUGCCAAGCCGCCAUGGUUCAAAGGGAAGCUUUUUACAAAUUUCGGAUAGCAACACAUCUAGCGCAUCCAUCAGAAAGAGUAUGCCUGACGAAGACAAGAAUAGCAGAGCCAGGUGUUUUGAUUAUCUUGUCGGCGCUAUUGAUGAGGCAUGGGCUAGAUAUUGUGAUGCAGCUUCAUAUGUUGAGGACGAGACAUAUGGAUACAACACACCUCGCUCUGUCGCAACUGAUGAUGAGGAUGACUUAGGUAACACCACAGAUUUGACAGAUUAUGAAAGCGACUUUGAGAAGAAUGAUAAGCCUUCUUAUAGAAGGAAACCCUCUCUCAUGCGUACAAACUCUGUUCGUCUGAUGACAUCCGAUGCAUCAUCGACUGACACCGACCCUUCUUCUUGUCAGUUGCAAGCAUUGAAAGAUCGUUUAAUCAAGGCUAAGUAUUUUUUGCAGGACCUAGUUGAUUCAGACGACUUUAAUGACGCUUCUGCUUUUUGGAAGCGUUGGGAUAUGAUCAAGUACGCUACAAUCGAACUCGUCGAAGAUGACGACGAAGAUGAAGUCAUUGAGUCGACUAUUGACGAGUUAGAGGCUGGCCGUUUUUUCGCCAACUAA